CUCAUAUCUAGACCAAAAAAUAAAGAUUUGUAGCCACGGCCAAGCAAAGACUGGCUGGCAGUGAUCUCCUUGAUUCCCAGCGGAUCAGGGUAGAACUUGCUGACAGCACGUGUUGCCGACAGUGUGUUCUACCCGAGCGUUGUGACCUAUCUUGUGUAGUGAAAUUGACAUACUCAAAUUUGUGACAUUUCGAGUGUAAUACUUGAGAGCAAACAGAAACUAAACUAAUUUUUUUUUCGAAAAAUAUAGUACAGGUUUUAGUGAUUGAGCGACUGCCUUUAAAGUAACUUUAUUGUUUAUUGCUUCUGAUAAGAGUACUACUACUAGAUCUGACAAUUAUCUUACGCUCACCGAUUCAAGACUCUUCGAGAUCGAGUCCUCAAGCGAUAUGAAUGAAAUUGCUUUUUGGAUGGAAUAAGACGCGAAAAGGGACUGGUCGAAGAUAAAACGAGCAUAGCUAUUCGUAUUCCUAUCAACAAACAACUUACUUAAGUAGAUACAAUAAUGUUCGGCCUCAAUUUUUCUUUUGGUCUCGACAGCCGCAAUGCCCUUGCGUUGCAGCUAAAAGACCUGCUGAACAAGCCGUCGAGGCCAACCAAUGCACGAUUGGGAAACCUGAACAGCAAGGCUGCUUUAGAAGCAUGCGAAUCCAAUGAAGCUAGGUCUACCCAACGUAUGUUUGUUGCUGACUUGCGGCAAAGCGCGUUCGAAAAAUUACGUGCUGCAUCUCAAAGUGUAAGUGAGGAGAUGAAGGAAGUCCCAUCUGACCGCUUCGUCGACAUUGUGCAUGAACACUUAGGCGUGUUACCACUGAACGGGGUUCUUCUGUAUGGCACCCCCCUCGAUCCUGAUGCAAUUGAAACACUCAAUUAUGAGUUUCGGAUAUUGAUCGAGAACGCGAGCACCGAAGAUCCCACCCCACGCAUUGUGUCGCUUCUUCCGAAUCAAAAUUGGUUUCUUGUACCCCGUGAUGACACGCUUGAAGCACUUCGAAAAAAUCUGCAUUUCAAGAGAAAGGUUUCGUUUGCGACGCAAAAAGUAUUAGGAUACGCGCGGGAGAUUACGACUAUAUCUCCAUUGAGAGGGAUGCAAGAUCAGCCAUAUGAGAUUACAUCCGCGGCUGUCGAAGAGUUGGGUCAAUGCUGUGAGGGGAGCUGUGACGCGGGUGCAAACCGUGCCGACGAGUCCACCGGGACUGAAUGUUGCGCCGAAUGCAGAGCAGACUGGGUCCGGUAUAUUCGAGUUUAAAAAAGUCUUUCUUGUUUCGAAUCAGCAUAGCUUCACUUUAAUUUAAAGAAACAUAUAUAACUUGUAGGGUUGAGGUUUAGGUCCAGCGGCGCUCAAAGCACUAAAUAAAACAACCGGUUCGUUUUUACCUCUAGCGUUUAGCCCUUCCAAACAAGAAACAUAUAUAACUUGUUCUUGUCGGUAUUCGUCCUCUAGCUCUACCUUGUGAUGUUGUUGGAGUUGCAGAUGCAGAACUGCUCCGGCAGUCAGCAUUUUUUAGAUCGUUAUCGUUUCCAUUGGAGGGUCAGACUCGAAUUGACAUUGAGGUAAUAGACUGGAUCCGAAUUCGUAGAGGUAGAUGGGUGUAAUGGUUAGCAGAAAUUCACCUCAAAAUCAAACGGUUUCAGGGCGUGCAUGGCGGGUGCCAUCGAACCUGGUCCCCAAUGGAAGACUCAGGAGCAAACGAAAUGGAAAAAAUUUCUGACAGCUCUCAACGAUCUCGGGAUCUACCGUGCUGACGAAAACAUUGUGUUGCCCCGCGACCUCUUUUUUGUCUUGCAGGACCUUACUCAUUUUCUACUGUGUCAGUGCAUGUGCAACCAGGGUAUCGACGUAGCCCAGGGGCAGCUGAGUAGUUGUAACCCAGCUCGCGGCGCUGCGGAAACGCGGAGCCCUGAAAACUCUUGGGAAGGGGAUUGCUGUCCCGGUGGCGCAGCAAGUUCGCUCUGCGCUCGUGAGCCAAGCGACGUUGCCGCUUUGCCCGUUGUGCGCAGCGAGUUUCGCCUCGAAGGCUCGUCAAUGUCUCUUUUGGAGUUCUGCCUACUUCUUGGCGACCAAGGCUACUCACGUCACGAUGAUUUGAAAGAUGUUUUGCUAGCCACGUUUUGGGAUUGGGCCAUCUACUCAGAUGAAAAAAAGCGACGCACAAUCCUCAUGGAUGUACCGUUUUAUAAUCAUUCAAUGAACGGCAUUGAUAGUCUUGUGCCCUUCUUUAUUUUACUCGAGCAACACCUGGGCAUCAAAUUCGGUGAAUUAAGCGAGCCGGUCGAACAGGUGAGCAAGGUGCGCCUGGAGGCGAUGAGCCCUGUUCUGGAAAUGCGCGACAUACAUGGAUUCUCUGCAUUCCAUUAUGCGAUCAUGGCAAAAAGCGUGUUAUUACUUUCCAUGCUUAGUGGUCGGGACACUGAAGGAUAUUUUCCUCGUAAAGAUAUCGCAGGCGAACUGGUUGCUGCGUCUUGUGGAAAUACACCAGCUAAGGCCCAAGGCGCGGAAUCUCGGGAGGGAUGUGCGUCCUGCAAAAGCGGAUGGACAAGUGCUGUCUUUGCCGAGCAAACUACCUUCUUUUUGGCUGCUUGCUAUGCGGGAAAUUGGCUAGCUGUAAAUGUGAUACUGACACACUCUGCCUUCGCUAGGCUAGACGAAAAUGAGCUUGUCGAUCAUGACCACACAGCCCCGGAGCUAGCCUAUAAUCAUCAGAGCCCCGAGCACGAUAAACACACCCCUCUGCCUAGCCGGCAGCAUUGCAUUUGGCAGAAGGAUCGUCGGGGGCGCACUCCACUAAUGCUUGCGUGUUGCACACCCGGAAUCUGGUUUGGUGUCUAUGAUGGAUGCUGUCAUUUCGACCAUACCCGCAGUGGAGUUGCUAACCAGUUAACUCAGAAGUUCUCUGACAAAGAGCUACAAAUCAAUGAUCGUGAUCAGGACGGACAAACUGCCCUGCUCUACGCUGGCAUAAAUUCUUUGGACGACGCCUUUCGUAUUAUUUUGCGUGACUGCGAGACUGUGGACGUUAAUGUGCAAGAUCCACUUACAGGAAAUACUGCCUUCCUCUGGCUUCUCCAUCGAAAUCUGCCUGAGGGGCGCCCGCGCUGGGACGCGGAAUCGCAUUCCGUGAAGGUGGAUCCGUGGCCCACGUUUUUGGACGAAAAGUAUGAUCCAGUGUCCUCACGCAGUGAGAAUUUCGGACGGGCGCUGCGACACCUAGUGAUGCGCUUGCGAACACGGAAUAUGGACAUGACAGUCAGGAAUCAUAAAGGAGAGGACUGGAGAGCAGUCGCGGAGAAGCAUCUAGAUGAGGGGAACCUCAAGCUUCUCACAGAACUGAUGGAAAUGCCCUUUGAGGAUUUCUUUGGGAGUAGCGAUGACGAUGACGGGCACGACUAUGGCACGUACUCGACCUCAAAUGAAAACAGCGACGAGGAGGGGACUUCAGAUGAUGACGAGGAGAAUGCCACCGGGUCAGAGGCCGAGGAGAGUGGUGAAAACGAAGACAGUCAGAGUGGUUCAUCUGAUGAAGACGAAGUUAGUACUAAUGCACCCGAGUCCAACGAUCAAAAUGGUGAAACCUCGACGGACGAGUAGAAAGGGUAUCAGGAUGAACAUGAAGAUCAUGAGAUCGCCAGCUGUAAGGACACUGCAUGUCAUGCCAUCUAGUGACUAUCACAGCCUUUCACCACAAGCCAUGUCCCAUGAACUACUCAUAUCUAUGUAUAGCUU